AUGGUGAAAUGCUGUGUCCCUUUAUGUAAAGGAAAUGCCACAUUUACCUUUCCUAAAGAUGAGAAGCGUCGAAAUUUGUGGGAAAAUGCAAUAAGUGCAAAUUUUCAAUCGAUAAAAACUUCUAGGUUAUGUGCAAGUCAUUUCGAAGAGGAUGAAAUAAUUAAAAACAAUGAAAGUUAUCACACAGGUGUCUUAAAUACAACAAGAAUGUAUUUGAAACCUAAUGCUGUGCCUUCCUUGAGGUUGAAACUCGGAAUGACAAAACCUGAACGUUUGAAGAAAAUUCGGAAAAACCUCUUUGAACAAGAUUCAGACUCAUCGUCAUCAUCUUUAUGUUUGUCUCUUUUAGAUGAAUCGACAGAAAAUUUGGAGGAUUUCUGUGAACAAUCGCAAGAAAUUUUAAAUGUUGAAGUAAAAUCGACUUUAAAUUUUGAGGAAAAGGAUGACCUAAUGGAUGGAAAUAGAAACAGCCAAUCGCCGAAUCACAGUUUCAAUGAAGAAGAAGAAGAAUCGAAUCAAUCGCUUCUCCAAGAAACUACUUCACAUGAUGUAGAAGUAGUUUCUUUUACAGUGGAAAAUCCGGAUAGUUAUUACGAAGAUGUACAAUUGGAAGAAAGAGUUCAAGCUGGUCGUGGGUUUCUCUCGGUCGCUUCGAUUUGCCAUAGAAAUAAUGUUAUUCAUUAUUUUACGGGCCUCGAGACUUACGAAAAAUUUCAAUUCGUAUAUGGAACUUUAAGCAGUUACGUACAUAAUAUUAAAUAUACCCAUGUGCAGGUAAACUGUAUGCCACCAGAGGAUAUGUUUUUACUAACUCUCACAAAAUUGCGAAGAAACAUUCCAGACUUUGGACUUGGAUUUUAUUUCGGAAUAAGCGAAGGACUUGUGUCUAAUAUUUUUAAUGCGUGGAUUCGUUUUAUCAAUCAAUUGUGGUCGUUACUGGAUAUUUGGCCAUCGAGAGAAAUAGUCGAUUUUUAUAUGCCAAAAGGCUUCAAAAAAUACUAUUCAUCAACUCGAGUUAUUGUCGACGCAACAGAAAUCCCCAUCGCUAAACCUUCAAAUCCUAUAGCUCAACAGUCAACAUUUAGCACCUACAAAAAUAAAAACACAGUAAAAGUUUUGGUAGGAGCAACACCUGGGGGUCUUUUAUGUUAUAAUUCGACAGCAUACGGCGGUAGCACAAGUGACCGACAAAUUGUUGAAAGAUCGAAUCUUCUACAGCGUUGUCAGGCCGGUGAUUCUAUUAUGGCUGAUCGUGGCUUUAAUGUUGACGAUAUUUGUGUCACUGUGUUGUCUGAUAGGAAAUUAGCUUCAAAACGCGUGCACAUCGAACGUUUGAUAGGCUUAACAAAAACUUACAAAAUUUUGCAAGCAUCAUUGAAUCCUUCUUAUACGCGUUUAGCAACAGAGAUUUUUUCCAUAUGCCUAAUGUUAUGCAACUUCCGUGAAUGCAUUGUGAAUCAAAAGGCAUAG